AUGUCAGGAGCAAGCUCAAUAGCUUCAGCUGACGCCGUCGCAGCUGCAAUAGACGACGGCAAAAAGCACCUCCUCUUAGCUUCGAGUGGCUCCGUCGCAACAAUCAAGCUCCCCAACAUAAUCUCCGCUCUCUCAAAACACCAGAACCUAUCCAUCAAGGUCAUCUUGACCAAAUCCGCCUCACAUUUCCUCAACGGCCAGUCCCAGGAACAACCUACCAUCGAAUCCCUCGCGUCUCUCCCCAACGUCGACGGCAUAUAUCAAGAUAAAGACGAAAUGGGCGAAUCCUGGACCCGUGGCGCAGGCAUCUUGCAUAUCAACCUACGCAAGUGGGCACAUAUCCUGGUCAUUGCGCCGCUGAGCGCCAAUACGCUGGCCAAAAUCGUGAAUGGGAUGUCGGAUAACUUGUUGACGGAUACGAUCCGGGCAUGGGAUACGUCGGGGCAAUUGGAUGGAAUGAAAAAGCGGAUCGUGGUGUUUCCGGCUAUGAAUGUGGCUAUGUGGUUGCACCCGGUUACCACGCAACAUAUAAGAGUGUUGGAGGAAGAUUGGGGGGUGAAUGAUAAGAAUGACGAGGGCUGGUUUGAAGUCUUUAGGCCUAUCGGGAAAAUGCUUGCUUGCGGAGACAUUGGAAUUGGAGGGAUGCGAGAAUGGACUGAAGUGGUCUCCGUUAUUGAAGAAAGACUGUCACUCAACACCUGA